AUGGGACAAUCUCAGUCUUCCAAUUCAAAAAGUCAGGACGCUCAAGUGCCUCAGUCGGAGCUAAAGACAGACUAUUACGAGCUCUUGGGAAUCACACGAGGCGCCACGGACGACGAAAUCAAGAAGGCAUAUCGAAGGAAAGCUCUCGAGCUACACCCCGAUCGAAACUAUGGAAACGUCGAGGAGGCGACACGGUUGUUCGCCGAGGUGCAAUCCGCCUACGAAGUCCUUGCCGAUCCCCAGGAACGUGCAUGGUACGAUUCGCAUAAAGAGGUUUUCUUAGGCACGAACGGGUCAUCCGAGGAUCAGCACUCGUACGACAUUCGUCUGACCACAGCGGAGGAUGUGCUCAAAGUCUUCUCCAAGUUCAGCCCUCGCAUGGAAUUCUCUGACGCGCCAACGGGAUUCUUCGGUGGCCUGCAAGAACAGUUCGCUCAGUUGGCACUCGAGGAGCGCCUGGCGUGCCAGUGGGAGAACCAGGAGAUGGUCGACUACCCAAGUUUUGGAUCUCGUGACGACGAUUACGAGUCCGUGGUCCGACCGUUCUAUGCGGCCUGGAGUGGCUUCUCGACCUGCAAGUCCUUUGCGUGGAAGGACGCCUAUCGGUUAUCAGAGGCUCCGGAUCGUCGCGUGCGCAGGAUGAUGGAGAAAGAGAACCGACGUCUGCGAGAAGACGCCAUCCGAGAAUUCAACGACGCAGUCAGGUCGUUAGUGGCUUUUGUUAAGAAACGGGACCCGCGAUACAAAGCCAAUGUGCAGAAUGAUGCCCAGCGUCAGGAGGCGCUUCGUCAGUCGGUGGCCGCGCAAGCCGCCAGGUCACGCGCCCAGAAUCAAGCGAAGAUGGCAGAUUUUGUCCUUCCAGAGUGGGCCCGAUCCGAAGAACCCUUGGAGGAGGAGGACGAAGAGGAGAGCGAGCAGAUUGAAGCGGAGAGCUUUGAGUGCAUCGUCUGUGACAAGCAGUUCAAGAGUCAAAAGCAGUUCGAAGCUCAUGAAAGGAGCAAGAAGCACGUCAAGGCCGUCAAAGAGCUCCGUCGAUUCAUGCAACAGGAAGACGACGAACUACAACUGAACCUGGAAACUGUUGGUUCGGGCGCCAGUGAUGGAGACCUCCACGACGAGAUCGGCCGUGGAGUCGUGUCACCUCAGCCUGAGCAGAAACGCUCCAAGAGAGACGGCUUCAAUUCCACGGUGGAUAACAGCGACGAGGACAAGGACGACGAUGCGCCUCUUGGAAAUGCGAGAGGCAAGCAUUUUCCAUUGCAAAACUCUACAGAAUCCCUUGACGAAGACUAUGCUUCCAGAGAAGCCGUCGAGAACAGAUUCCGCUCGGAUCUUGAUUCAAACUCCAGCGGUGAUCCUAUCACUCCGCUGACCGAACAAUUAUCCACCGCCGAUAUCAACGAUCAACCACCCGUGUCGUCGAAACCUGGCAAGGCGAAACAAAGACGAGCGAAAAAGGCGGCUCGUGAACAGGUAGAGUCCAGCGAGUUUUCUUGCACGAACUGUCAUGCAGAGUUCGCCUCCAAGACGAAAUUAUUUGCUCACUUGAAAGAUCAUCCGGAUCAUGCACAAUUACGAAAGGCUCCUGCGAGGAGCAGGAAACGAUGA